GGAGAGUCUUGUUUCGGGCCCAACAUGGUCCAAAUAAGGAGAGCGAGGGGCCUACUUGGAGCUUUACUUUUGUGUAGCUCGCAUCUUGUACAGUCUCUAAGAUAUGACCCUAGCGAGACAGACUGGAACCUCAACACCAACCAAGCAGCAACCAGUCCUCUGGACUACUCGGGAACAUGGCAGGACCAUACGUUCCAUCCAUCUCCCGACAAUUGGCGAUUUCCGUUCUAUACGCUGUUUCUCGACCGGUUCGUCAAUGGCGAUCCGUCUAACGACGACAUUAAUGGCACACUCUUUGAGCAAGAUAUCAUGGGUACUACAAUGCGCCAUGGAGGAGAUUUGGCAGGGUUGGUGGACACAUUGGAUUACAUACAAGGCAUGGGCAUCAAGCGAGCAUGGAUGACAACUGAUCAUACUCUAGNNGGUCUCUACGUAGCCGGAACACCAUUCAUCAAUAUGCCGUGGAAGUCAGAUGCCUACUCGCCCAUCGAUUUCACACUGCUUGAUCAUCAUUUUGGCAAAAUCGCGGAGUGGAGAGCCGCAAUCGACGAGAUUCACCGACGCGGAAUGUACAUACUCCUUGACAACACUUUUGCAACCAUGGCCGAUCUCAUCGGUUUUGAUGGCUUCCUCAACGAGUCUACACCUUUCGUUCCUGAUGAGCACCAAGUCGUCUGGAAGACUGAGCGGCAGUACCCUGACUUUGCGUUUGGCAACACCAAAACCUCAACAUGCGAAUUACCUCGUUUCUGGGACGAAAGUGGUAGUCUAGUUCAGAAAGGAGCUAAUUCUGACAGCUUCUCUGCUACAUUUGACAAGCUCUCGUCGCUCUCAAGCUGUUACGACAGCGAUUUCGACCAGUAUGGCGAUACUGAAGCCUUUGGCGUUUUCCCUGAUUGGCAAAGACAGCUUUCGAAGUUUGCAUCCGUACAAGACAGAUUACGCGAGUGGAAGCCAUCGGUCCUCGAUAAGCUCAAGCAUCUGCACUGCCUUACCAUCUCCAUGCUUGACAUAGAUGGCUUCCGUAUCGACAAGUCCACACAAGCCACUGUGGAUGCAUUGGCAGACUUUAGCCAGUCGAUCCGCGACUGUGCCCGAGCCAACGGCAAAGAAAAUUUCCUUAUAGCAGGAGAGAUCACUGGAGGUAACAACUUUGGCUCUAUCUAUCUGGGCCGUGGCAGAGAACCUGAUCAGAAGAUCAACGACCUAGGAGACGCUGUGAAGACCAGUAAUGACUCAGACGAUAAACUCUUCCUGCGUGCAGCGGGAAAGAGUGCCCUUGAUGCCUCGGCCUUCCACUACAGUAUAUACCGCCUGUUACAGCGAUUUCUGGGCAUGGAUGGCAACCUGACAGUAGGCUAUGACAUUCCAGCCAACUUUGUCGAUGGCUGGAAUCAGAUGCUCUUGACGAACGACCUUGUCAAUCCCAACACUGGAAAAUUCGAUCCUAGACAUAUGUACGGCACGUCGAACCAAGACGUCUUCCGCUGGCCGACUAUCAAAAACGGAACACAAAAGAUGCUUCUUGGUCUGUUCAUGACCACUCUACAUAUGCCUGGUGUACCGCUGCUCAACUGGGGCGAAGAGCAAGCUCUGUACACACUUGACAACACGGCUUCGAACUACGUGUUCGGACGUCAGCCUAUCUCGUCAUCGCUUGCAUGGCAAACACAUGGUUGCUACAAACUUGGCUCCGAUAUCUUCCACGACUUUCCCAUCGACGCAGGUGCCAACGGCUGCAACGACGACAAUGUUUCUCAAGACCAUCGCGACCCGACACACCCUGUUCGAAAUGUUAUCAAGUCGUUCUAUCAUCUUAGAAACAAGAAUCCGAUUCUGAACGACGGAUGGCUAUUGCAGUCCCUCUCAAACCAGACGCAUAAUGUCUAUUUCCCCGGAUCGAACGGCACUGCCACUGAGUUCGGCAUGUGGAGUGUGAUGCGCAAUCAGUUCUUCAAUGGCGUGCAAAAUCUUACAGGCACUGUAGAUGCCAAACCAGCAGUGUGGCUUGUCUACCAGAAUGAGGACCACACUGUUGACUAUACGUUCGACUGUUCAUCCAACGAUACAGCCUUAAUUUCGGUAUUCGACGAAGAAGAGGAAAUCCGAAAUCUGCUCAGCCCCUACGACAUUAUAACUCUCAAGCGCGGUCCCAAAAAGCUUGGAAUCGAUGGCUCAGAGAAAUUCAACGGCUGUCUCGAUAAGCUCACCUUGAACGCCUGGGAUUUCAGGAUAUACGUUCGCAAAGCAGAUUGGAUUGAGCCCACGCCAACAUUGACGAGGUUCAACCCUGGUCAUGAUGCGCGAAUUCUGUCUAAGGUCAACCCUGGCGAGAAAGAGUCUGUUGAUGUUGAGUUUCAGUUCUCUCAAGAAAUGGACUGUGACUCCAUCACGAAGAACAUCGUAGUUGCCUCGACCACAGCGGACAAAAGCAGCCCUGGUAUCGAUACCAAAAGUGUUGUCUGCAGAAAGAUACAGGAUCCUAACCCUCCGCCUUACGUCGGAGCCAUCACCUCGGCAUGGAGCUGGAAGGCUACCCUGAUCGACGUGUCUCAGGGUGUACACAGUCUGACUGUUCAGAAUGCUUCCACGACUGACGGCGUGUCUACCGGAUCUACAGACCAUGUUUUCUUCCGUAUCGGACAAGCUGAGAAUCCUAUCGUCUUCCCUCGUACUGCUAAUUACAGCAGCAACGUACUCUCCAAAGGCCCUGAUGGCACUUUACUUGUAUCUCACCAAGCUGCUGGGGCUGACAAAUGGCGUUACUCGACCAACUGGGGUUCCACUUGGAGUGACUGGCAAAAUUAUGAUGGCACCAAUUCGACCGUAAAGAAACAACCCUGGUCUGGUACGAAGGGUCAGAAGUGGGUCGGCGACCACAUCGUACUGCAGUACUGGAGUCGCGUAGUUGGAAGCAGUACCCACAUCCAGCACGCUGACGCAGACCAGAAGCAAACGCCUCGGCGAUUCCCUCAUCUCUUUGCGAAUGGCGACUUCAACCAGUUCGGGUUCGAUGGUGGCCUGAAGAACUCUUUCACAAAGACUGACGAUGCGUGGAAUUUCCAUCUCAUGACCGAGUGGCCUCGUCAAGUCCAAGCCAACGUGUGGGGCAUGAAUCCUGACGGUCAACCGGACCAGUCAUUCAUCUAUGGUGACAUUGAUAACGAUACUGUUCUUGACCGAUUGCCUCCUGACGCUCUGAGCCCUGCCCUCAUCAACAUCACCAAUUUCCCCACUAGUCCCUACCUGGCUUGGAAAAUUAGGAUCGAUGAUGCUACUUAUAAGUACACACUUAUACCCACUGGCAGUAGACUGGUACAGGUUCUUGUCUUCGCUCUUCUCUGGUCUCUUCCCGUCUUGGCUGGCGCUAUCAGUAUCUGGACUUAUAUGGGCGCUUUCUACGGUGUCAAGUUCAACAAGAUCGGACUUUCCAUGCCCAAGGGUAUGCCGUCGUUCUGGAAGCGCCACAAGUUCAGCAAAUUGGCGGACGAUGAUGUAGAGGAGGUCGGCCAUCGCAUGAAGCCACUGUUUUUGGGAAAGUCUCAUCAACGAUAUGACUCUGCCGCAUCAGGUAUCUCCCUCGCCGCUAACAAGGACAAGAGACGUAAAGUCAUCAUCGCCACAAUGGAAUAUGACAUUGAAGACUGGGGCAUCAAGGUCAAAAUUCUCAUGGGCAAAAGCUUGACCCACCAGGACUUGAUCUGGGUCAUCCCAUGUGUUGGCGGCAUCGAAUUUCCAAUUGACCAAGUUGCUGACCCCAUGAUCGUGACAAUUCUCGGCAACCCAUACGAGGUUCAAGUGCAGUAUCAUCAGCUCAACAACAUUACCUAUGUCCUACUAGAUGCACCAGUGUUCAGAAAGCAGACGAAAACAGAACCAUAUCCGCCACGCAUGGACGAUCUGGAUUCCGCCAUCUAUUACAGUGCAUGGAACGCGUGUAUUGCUGAAGCGAUCAAGAGAUUUGAGCCAGAUAUCUACCACAUCAAUUGCCGCACCUCUGUACCUCCUUCCAGAAACCGUUCCAUGCUGCCUCUCUCCAUACUCAGAAACUUACUGACCUACUACAGACUCCACAACGCCGAAUUCCAAGGACUGUGGCCUAUGCGCACAGAUCAAGAAUCCGACGAAGUAUCGCGUGUCUACAACCUGGAUAAAGACACCAUUCAAAAGUACGUGCAAUUCGGUGAGGUGUUCAACUUACUGCACGCCGGCGUAAGUUACCUGAGGGUCCACCAGAAGGGCUUCGGCGCUGUUGGUGUGUCUAACAAGUACGGUGCUCGAUCUUUCGCUCGCUAUCCUAUCUUCUGGGGUCUCAAAGAAAUCGGCAAGCUACCAAAUCCCGAUCCAUCCGACACAGCUCCCUGGAGCCGUGAAGAAGAAGCAAACCAAGUCAUCACAGUUGACCCGGCAUAUGAAGCCUCACGAGGCGACCUACGCAGACAAGCCCAAGAAUGGGCCGGCCUUGAGGUUGACCCUACGGCCGAACUCUUUGUAUUCGUCGGACGAUGGAGCAACCAAAAGGGUGUAGACUUGAUUGCGGACGUAUUUCCCAACAUUCUCGAGAAGCACAAGAAUGUUCAGCUCAUCUGUGUUGGACCUGUAAUUGACAUGUAUGGUAAAUUCGCAGCGCUCAAACUCGGUGUCAUGAUGAAGAAGUACCCGAAGCGUGUUUACUCGAAACCAGAGUUCACUGCGUUGCCUCCACCUUUCGGAUUAGUUGCUGUCGAAUUUGGCCGCAAGGGCGCUCUCGGUGUUGGUGCUAGGGUUGGUGGUCUUGGUCAGAUGCCAGGCUGGUGGUUUACCGUCGAGUCAACGACCACAGCUCAUUUGAUGCAUCAGUUCAAGUCCGCAAUCGAGGAUGCUCUGGCAGCGAACACAGAAACGCGAGCGAUGAUGCGCGCCAGAUCGGCAAAGCAAAGAUUCCCUGUCCAGAAGUGGGUGGAAGACCUCAAUACACUUCAGAGCACAGCUAUUCGCAUCCAUCAACGCGAGGCAAACUAUGGACUACAGCCAGCUAGAAGAUCAGUCUCAAACUUCGGGAACGAUUCGAGAGUUUCUCUGGCUCCAUCGAGAGAUGCCAGCCCGAGUGCUGGUUCAGUCUACGAAACUCAGCCACGUACAAGUCCUUCGCCCUCCAACUUGAAUCGUACUCUGUCCUUGGGAUCAAGAGCUGGACCUGGGCACCAUGCUAGACCUCCUCGCGUGCAGGUCACAGAUGCCGACAUCUCCGAAGAAGAGGACCCAUUCGGCAGCGAGUACAGCCUGGACCUAGAAGAGGAAACAAUCACCCGAGAGGAGGCCGACACAUUCACGAGAGAAUCCGAUAGAGCAGACGCUCUAGAAAGACUUGAAGGCAGAGGUAGAGGCAUGUCUCUGAGUGCCCCACAGCCUGCGCUUGUAACAGAGUAUCGCUCAAGAUCACUAAGCCCAGAUCCUAGGGAUCUCGAUAGAGGCAGGAGUAGAAAUCGAGGCUCUGGACCAUAUCUGUCCGUCCAGACUGGAGAUGGAACAAACAGAAGGGCAAGCGCCGAUAGCCUUCUUCCGACUGCUGAACCACGCGACCGCUCAAGUUCUCGCCUCAGCAAUUCUUCAAGGCUGAGCACGUCUUCGCAACUCGACUUGACGUUGGUCAUUGGUGGCAAGAAAGAUUACAGCUUGCAGAAGAUCGAGCUUGACUUUGACGACAAGACCGGCGAAUACUACCGCGCUUUUGAGACGAUGUUGGACAAGCUUAACGGCAAGACAUCCGAGAAAGAUCUCUGCAUAGAACAGUAUCUUGUGGAGAGUGAGAAAGCUUGGUUCAAGAAGUAUCGCGAUGCUAAACUGGGUAGAUCGCGCGAACGUGGUUCAACUGCCAAUCUUCACGGCACCCCUCGAUUGGUUUCGCGUGGUUCUCGAGGAUCUUCUGUCGACGCCGAUGAACGAAUGAGUGACGGGGAAGGCUCGAUGGAGGACUUCUUGCUUGGCGACAACUACCAGCGACCUUCUCUCGUCAAACGCUGGAUGCUUACCCGACUUGGUGAUUGGCCUCUCUAUUCGUUCUUGCUCGCUCUUGGUCAAAUUAUGGCUGCGAACAGUUACCAGAUUACGCUGCUUACAGGUGGUGAAGACCCUAAGCCAUCGAUGAUUUACACAAUCGGCGGCAUCUACAUCGCAGCAUCUGUUAUCUGGUGGCUUCUCUUCCGGACGAUGAAAGCUCGAUUCGUCCUUUCUGUGCCUUUCGUUAUGUAUGGCAUGGCAUUCCUGUUCGUCGGAAUGGCACCAUUUCUUCCCAAGGGUACUGGUAGAGACUGGAUGCGUAAUGUGGCAGACGGUGUCUAUGCAGCUGCUUCGGCUAGUGGAAGUCUAUACUUUGCACUCAACUUCGGAGAUGAGGGUGGCUCACCAAUUUCGUCAUGGGUUUACCGUGCCUGCCUCAUUCAAGGCACCCAACAGCUCUACAUCACCGGCCUGUUCUACUGGGGACGUACGAUCACCCAUGCCACGCCAAAGCAGAAGACCGAGAGCGACACGCUUUCCUCUUCGCCUAUCAUGGCUGCCAUCACCCUUCCAAUUGCAGGUCUCCUAUGGUUGAUCGCACUCACCUUGUUCACCAGUCUGCCAGCCUACUAUCAACAGCGUCCUGGAAAGAUCCCAAGCUUUUAUAAGACUCUUGCUCGUCGCAAGUUGAUUGGCUGGUUCUUUGUCGCGGUUAUACUACAGAACUAUUUCCUCUCUUCGCAAUAUGGCCGCUCUUGGCAGUAUCUAUGGAGUUCCACAUAUGCUCCUGUAUGGGUGGUAGCAAUUUUGGUUCUCGUCUUCUUCAUUCUUGUCUGGUCUUUGAUGCUGUAUGUCUUCAGCAGACUCAGCAAAAGCCACAGUUGGAUCCUACCAAUCUUCGCAAUCGGUCUCCUCGCUCCUCGCUGGGCACAACAGUGGUGGGGUACCUCCGGCUUUGGACUUUGGCUGCCAUGGAUGCCAGGUGGUCCUGAAGGAGGUGCCAUCGCUGGCAGGGCUCUCUGGCUCUGGUUAGGCGUGUUGGAUGCUGUGCAAGGUGUCGGCUUCGGCAUGAUGCUGUUGCAGACUCUUACACGUAUUCACAUUGGUGUCACGCUGAUCUCAGCACAAGUGCUGGGUACAGCAGUCACACUCAUUGCAAAGGCGACCGCGCCGAACAGAAACGGUCCUGGAGAUGUGUUCCCUGAUUUGAGCGCUGGUGUCAUAGAUGCAAUCAGUAAGCCUUGGUUCUGGAUUGCAUUGGCUUGUCAGCUUGUUAUCCCGAUCGGCUUCUUCAGUUUCUUCCGAAAGGAACAACUCUCGAAGCCUUGA